AUGUAUUACUUCGGAUUGGGUGAUGAUAUGGUCGCAAUUGGUGCGAGCUCAAUGGAUGGUAAGACAGCGAGCCUCCUGCCGAAGAAACAGCAGAAGAAGCGGAUUGUGCCUGUUAGGCUAAAGUGGCAGGAAAAAGACAAAGCUUUGGCAGCUUUCCGUUCCUCCAUGACUGGAAUAGCGAAAGUAAGUCUUGGGGAAGGUAACAAAGAGUACAGACGAGGAGAAGCUAAUAACGCGAUAAACUCCUACACGGAAGCACUUCAAGUCAACUGCAAAGAUAAAAGACUGAAUUCCAAGCUUUACAGCAACAGGGCAACACCUCAUUUCCGUUUGGGCUUCUUUGCCGCAAUUUCAUUAGAUGACCACUUUUUUAAACCUCAUUUCCCGAAUCUCAUAGCAAAAUAUGUGGAAUGUCUGGAUGAUGCAACAGCAGCUGUUCAAUUGGAACCCACUUUAAUCAAAGCUAUUAAGAAAGGAGCCAGAGCUUGUGUCGAACUUUGUUGGUAUAAAGAAGCAAGGAGCUGGUUGUAUAUGGGAUUGACCAUUGAAAAUAACAACAAACACCUGCUUCAAUUACUAAGGAAGACUAAUGCUGAACUAAUAGUCAUAGCAAACAAUUCUUGUCAUCUCGGCAACGAUUAUCAAGGCCUAGGAAAGUUUAAAGCAGCUAUCAAAUACCAUCAGCGUCAACUAGAAAUUGCUAAAGUAGUCGGAGAUGAGACCGAGGAGGAAAGAAACUAUUGCAAUCUCGGCAACGCUUAUCAAAGCCUUGAACAGUUCAAAACAGCGAUCCAGUACCAUCAACGUCAUCUAGAAAUUGCUAAGGAAGUCAAAGACAAGGACGGGGAGGGAAAAAAGAUUGCUAAUGGGGUGGGAGACAAGGCCGGAGAGGGAAAAAGUUAUUGCAAUCUCGGCAAUGCUUUUCCCAGUCUAGGACAGUUCAAAACAGCCAUCCAGUACCGUUUACGUCAUCUAGAGAUUGCUAAAGAGGUGGGAGACAAGGCUGGAGAAGGAAAAAGCUAUUGUAAUCUCGGCAACGCUUGUCAAGGUCUAGGACAGUUCAAAACGGCCAUCCAGUACCAUCAACGUCAUCUAGAAAUUGCUAAAGAAGUGAGAGACAAGGCCGGCGAGGGAAAAAGUUAUUGCAAUCUCGGCAACGCUUAUCAAGGUCUAGGAAAGUUCAAAACAGCCCUCCAGUUCCAUCAACGUCAUCUAGAAAUUGCUAAAGAGGUGGGAGACAAGGCCGGAGAGGGAAAAAGUUAUGGCAAUAUUGGCAACGCUUAUCAAGGUCUAGGACAAUUCAAAACAGCAAUCGCAAACCAUCGACGUCAUCUAGAAAUUGCUAAAGAGGUGGGGGACAAAGCUGGAAAGGGAAAAAGUUAUUGCAAUCUCAGCAACGCUUAUCACAGUCUAAGACAGUUCGAAACUGCCAUCCAGUACCAUCAACGCCAUUUAAAAAUUGCUAUAGAAGUAGGAGACAAGGCCGGAGAGGUAAAAAGUUAUUGCAAUCUAGGCAACGCUUAUCACAGUCUAGGACAGUUUACAACAGCCAGCCAGUACCAUCAACGUCAUCUAGAAAUUGCUAAAGAGGUGGGAGACAAGGUGGGAGAGGGAAAAAGUUCUGACAAUCUCGGCAACGCUUAUCGCAGUCUAGGAAAGUUCAAAAAAGCCAUCCAGUACCAUCAACGUCAUCUAGAGAUUACUAAAGAAGUGGGAGACAAGGCCGGAGAGGGAAAAAGUUAUGGCAGUCUCGGCAAUGCUUAUCAAGGUCUAGGACAGUUCAAAACAGCCAUCCAGUACCAUCAACGUCAUCUAGAAAUUGCUAAAGAGGUGGGAGACAAGGUCGGCGAGGGAAAAAGUAAUGGCGGUCUCGGCAACGCUUCUCAAGGUCUAGGACAGUUCAAAACAGCCAUCCAGUACCAUCAACGUCAUCUAGAAAUUGCUAAAGAGGUGGGAGACAAGGCCGAAGAGGGAAGAGGUUAUGGCAAUCUCGGCGGCGCUUAUCAAGGUCUAGGACAGUUCAAAAAAGCUAUUCAGUAUCAUCAACGUCAUCUAGAAAUUGCUAACGAGAUGGGAGACAAGGCCGGAGAGGGAAUCAGCCAUGGCAAUCUUGGCAACGCUUAUCAAAGUCUAGGAAAGUUCAAAACAGCCCUCCAGUACCAUCAACGUCAUCUAGAAAUUGCUAAAGAGGUGGGAGACAAGGCCGGAGAGGGAAAAAGUUAUGGCAAUCUUGGCAACGCUUAUCAAGGUCUAGGACAAUUCAAAACAGCCAUCCAGUAUCAUCAACGUCAUCUAGAAAUUGCUAAAGAAGUGGGAAACAAGGCCGAAGAGGGAUUCAGUUAUGGUAGUCUCGGAAACGAUUAUAAAGACCUAGGACAGUUCAAAACAGCCAUCCAGUACCAACAACGUCAUCUAGAAAUUGCUAAAGAGGUGGGAGACAAGGCCGGUGAGGGAAAAAGUAAUGGCGGUCUCGGCAACGCUUAUCAAGGUCUAGGACAGUUCAAAACAGCCAUCCAGUACCAUCAACGUCAUCUAGAAAUUGCUAAAGAGGUGGGAGACAAGGUCGGAGAGGGAAGAAGUAAUGGCGGUCUCGGUAACGCGUAUCAAGGUCUAGGACAGUUGAAUAAAGCUAUUCAGUAUCAUCAACGUCAUCUAGAAAUUGCUAACGAGAUGGGAGACAAGGCCGGAGAGGGGGUCAGCCAUGGCAAUCUUGGCAACGCUUAUCAAGGUCUAGGAAAGUUCAAAACAGCCCUCCAGUACCAUCAACGUCAUCUAGAAAUUGCUAAAGAGGUGGGAGACAAGGCCGGAGAGGGAAAAAGUUAUGGCAAUCUUGGCAACGCUUAUCAAGGUCUAGGACAAUUCAAAACAGCCAUUCAGUAUCAUCAACGUCAUCUAGAAAUUGCUAAAGAAGUGGGAAACAAGGCCGAAGAGGGAUUCAGUUAUGGUAGUCUCGGCAACGAUUAUAAAGGCCUAGGACAGUUCAAAACAGCCAUCCAGUACCAUCAACGUCAUCUAGAAAUUGCUAAAGAGGUGGGAGACAAGGCCGGAGAGGGAGCAAGUUAUGGCGGUCUCGGCAACGCUUAUCACAGUCUAGGACAGUUCAAAACAGCCUUUUUCUGCUAUCACUCGAGUGUACUGUUGUAUAAUGAUAUCAGGGCCAGUCUUCAACUUAACGAUCAGUGGAAAAUUAGUUUUCGCAAUCAGCACCAAAAUGCAUACAGAGGCUUGUGGUGUGUAAACAUCAAGCAAGGUAAAAAUGUAAAGGCUCUUCUUGCCGCAGAAGAAGGACGUUCUCAAGCUCUGAGAGAUCUCAUGGACACAAAAUAUUACCCUGGAUGUUCUUCAACGCACAGACCUUCGUGCGUUUCACUGAGUCGUGUUCCGUUAGGCACAGUUUUCAUAGCUGUGAGGGGACCCUGCUUUUACUUGUGGAUUUUCAGCAAUGAUGACAUAAAAGUGAGAAAAGUAAACAUCAACAAUUAUAGGCGCGAGGAUGAAUUGGGAUUUUUCAUCCAGCGACUGAACAGAACUGCUCUGAAGGAGAUCGGUACAAGAGGUACUUUUACAAUCGAAAAUGAUCCACUUGAUUCGUCGACAGAGGAGGAAGUGGCCAAUGGUGUGAUCCGAGUUGAUGUGAGGCAUUCCCAAUCAAGUGCUUUGGAGAAGCUGCAUGACAUCAUCGUUUCUCCUAUUGCCGAUCUGAUCGAAGGCAACGACGAGAUCACAUUCGUUCCUGAGGGGCCAUUUUGCCUUGUACCUUAUGCAGCGUUGCAGGACUCCAACUCAUCAUAUCUAAGUGAUUCUUUCAGAAUUCGUGUGCUUCCCUCUCUGACGACGUUGCAACUUAUUCAUGAUUGUUCAGCUGACUUUCACAUGAAGACUGGUGCAUUGCUUGUCGGCAACCCAUGUUUCAAACAUGUCAUCAAUCAGGGAUCACUUUUGGUGCAACUGCCAGGAGCAAGGAAAGAAGUGGAGCUGAUCGGACGUAUCCUCAAUGUCUCCCCUCUCACUGGAGAUAUGGCAACAAAACAUGAAGUGUUAAAACGAAUAUCAUCAGUGGCCUUAGUUCAUAUUGCAGCCCACGCUAUACUGGAAACUGGAGAAAUUAUCCUGGCACCAAACACCACAAGAGAUAACCCUCUGCUUCAAGAGAAAGACUAUCUCCUGACGACGAAAGAUGUCAUAGAAGCUGGGUUGCGAGCUCGUCUGGUUGUACUUAGCUACUGUGACACUGGUCGUGGGGAGGUCACAGCCGAGGGUGUGGUCGGCAUGGCGCGAGCACUUUUGGGUGCCGGUGCCAGAUCUGUUGUGGUAACCUUGUGGGCGAUUUCCGACGAGGGAACCCUGGAGUUCAUGAGUUUCUUCUACGAUGCGCUUGCUGAAGGCAAGAAGGCAAGUGAAGCUCUCAAUCAGGCCAUGAAGUGUACGAGAGAAAUUGAAAGGUACAAGAAGGUGAUUUACUGGGCACCAUUUGUACUCAUUGGUGACGACGUCAACCUGGAUUUCAAUAACAUUUCGAAGCUGAAGCAAUUAAGGCGGUGAGCGUUGGAAUCCCAGGGAGUUUUAGGAUACCUGCAAACGCUGAUAUUUGGACCAUAAACCAGUAAGCUACCGAUGAAAUAUUUGUCAAGAGUCUUCUUUUCAAAGCAGGAAGAACCAAAAGACGGCCAAAGUCAAGUUUAACAAGAGAAUGGAUUUCCUUUGAUUCAAAAGUUGACUUUUUGCUUGUCUGAACUGCUCUUAAGAGCUUGAUCUUUGAUAUCCUGCUGAAACUAC